GACUCAGCGAUCUCCCCAACUAUCACUCUGCAUGCUUCGCUUUGGAAGGCGAACGGGGAGGUCAAAUAUGACACGGCGACCUUCACCUCACCGGCUUCCAAGUUCGGCAACUCCAAUGGCACCCUGGUGCCAGAAGGCGAGGCCAGUGAAGGGACGCAGGGCACGGGCAGCUGGGAGAAGUCGGCUAUUUCGGCGAGAUUCUUUCUGAAGUGCCAGUUGCGAACCUGUGGCCGCUUUGCUCGAACUAUUUACCAGGAGAUCUUCCCCUGGCAGGCCUACUCCAACCAGGACGGUUACCUCGUGCCGUCGAAUCCCCCUCCUCCUCCCCCUGCCUGCUCUGACGCCCCGGAGUCUUGGACUAACGAUCACUCUCGGGACGGGGGCUUGGCCCAUUCAACAAUGCAAUCGGCGCCGUCCGCUCCGGCCACAGCCAAUGACGGCCGGCUUCCGGGCAUUUGGGGAGCCGGACAGGAGGCUUUUGCUACAGGGAUUCCUGACAUAGGUACACUUCCCAGUCAGGGACCAAUUCCACCUGGGACGCAGGCUACCUUCUCGUCUCCGGUGCAGAGUGCCAUUCGCAAUGCUGCGUCCAGCCUCAGUGCGGCAAUCAGCUUUGCCCAGGAUAUGGAGCAGUCGAUGCCUCUACAAACUCAUAGCUCUCUGGCACAAUCCCUUAGGGUCACUUCGGACAUUUUGCGGGAGGUCUCCGAGGAGCUCAUCGCGGUCGCUCGCAAUCAAUCUUCCUCCACAGCACCGGACACGGCGACAGAGGCCGAGGACCGCUACAUGGCCCCACCACAACCCUUUGCCACGCGCUACGCAGCCUUUUCUCUCGGUAUCUCAGAACUAGCUUUUGCUGCUUCGCACGACAUGUGGCAACUUCGGCCGGGCUCUUCAAGCAGAGAGGUCAUCGAUCUGGACCAUCCUACUCCAACGGUGGCUUGGCCUGCAGCACCAACCGCGGAGACUUGGUCUAACAAGCGCAGACGCAAGGAAGCGCCGGGUCCCAGCUCGGCUAACAUGAGUCGGCCUUUGUCUGAGCUGGACAAACAACGACAGGAAUCUGUAGCCACGGCGCUGCAACUCUAUGCCAACCCGAAGGGGGCCGGCAUCAAGCUCACUGACAACCCCUUCACCCACUGCCCCACAGAGAAUCUGGCCACGAGCUGCCUGCAUUCCAAGUGGGCCCCCUUCGAAGUCUUUGGUCGGCUGCUAGAUGGUCUCCCAUCCAUGCAGGACUCGAGGCACUCCUCUCCCAGUAUCGUUCAGCCGCCGGACUACAAAAGCAUUUUCUUUGGAGCCUACUCACAAGGUCCGCUGGUUGGUCUUCGGGCCCAGACGAGGAGAUACCCCAUGGUCAGCCGCCUACUGAACGCAGUGAUUUACACGCUGAGCGGGGACGUGCCGAAUGGCUUGAUCCCCCUUUCGGUCUUUUCUGGUGGCCAGCUCUUCGUGGAAGCUGAGGACCAAGAAAGCGACCCACUCCCCCCACUGCCUCCAUCACCAGACGUAGACUCCCUGAUGGUUAUGCUGCCACCGGACACGUCCAUGUUCCUUGCUUGGAUGGCGAUUCUUGUGCGAAUCGAGAUCCCACAAGACUAUGAGGUUUCCUGGAAGGAUGAAUUCUCUCAGAGCAGCAUUAGCGAACACAAAUGUCAAACUGAAGAAGCACCAGCAGCUGAGAGCUUCUACAAAAGCUUUCACGACCAGAACUUGCGAGCGUACUGA